CCAUCUGGAAAGUACACACUGAGACACUUCCAACAUCUCUCGGUUUCAUUUCUACUUUUCUCUCACCACUCACUUCAUCUACCAACCUUUCCCUUUUCUCGCCGGAACCCUAAUUCGAUCCGCCGGAACUUAAUCCCACCGCUCACUUGCUAAUCUCCGGCGACUUUUCAACCAUUUUUUUUGUAGUAGUAGAUGAUUGGAGAAUAGGUGAGAUCAACCGGAGCUGGAUUUCCUCGCCGAAUGGAGGGAGGUAGCGUUUCUAGACUUUAUUAUUCUGGAAUACACCCAUGGAUUAUGAUGACAAUGAUUUUCAAAGCCAGAAUCUCCAUUUAGCCGGUGAAGGGAGCACCAAAUUUCCUCCAGUAUUAAGGCCAUAUAAUCUUCCCAAGUUUGAUUUUGAUGAAAACCUUCAGGGUCAUUUAAGGUUUGAUAGUUUGGUUGAUACUGAAGUCUUCCUUGGAAUUGAAAGUAACGAAGAUAAUCAGUGGAUUGACGCAUACUCCCGGGUAAGUAGUGGCAUAGAGUUCAAUUCAACUGCAGCUGAAACUUCAUCUAUAUUAAGGCAUAAUAAUGUUUGGUCUGAGGCGACUUCCUCCGAAUCUGUUGAAAUGUUAUUGAAAUCUGUUGGACAGGAGGACUUUAUCCCUCGCGAAGCUGUUAUACAGGAAUCAGAUGCCUGUGAUGAACUUGCAUGCUUAGCCAACCAGAUGGAUCCAAAUCCAAAAUCUGAUGAGAAAAUUGAGUUUAAAGAUAACGUUACCGUUACACAGCCACCUAGUUGUAUUCUUGAAAACUUGUCCGGAUCAAAAGAGGAUGCUGGACAGGAGGAAUUUAUCCAUAGAGAACCUACUAUACAGGAAUCAGAUUCCCGUGAUGAACUUACAUGCUUAGCCAACCAAAUGGAUCCCAAUCCAAAACCUGAUGAGAAAAUUGAGUUUAAAGAUAACUCUACUGAUACACAGUCACCUUGUUGCAUUCAUGAAAACUUGUCUGGGUUAAAAGAGGAUGUAGAAAUGGAGCAGUCUGUGGCUGGAAUUUCUCAAGGCCGUGAAGGAAAAUCAUCCAUAGAUGGAAGUUUAAAUAAUUUGAAACCACCCAAUAUGCAUAGUCAUAGUGACUUACCUGACUCUGGGGUGAUUCUCUUUACUGAUGGUAAAUAUGAUGAUACAAACCAAAGGAAAGUUGGAGUUCCUGCUGACAGUUCUCUUAAUGAAGAAACUAACGAUAACUCAUCUGCUUCUGUGGCGAUGGCUAAUGUGAAUGAAGCUUCUACGGAGGAGAAUAUCCUUUCUACUUGUGAAAUCUUAAAAGUUCAAAAUGUGCAAAAUCAAAUAGUUGGUAUGGGUGACGACGACCAAAAUUCUUUGCAAACACAAACUAGCAAGCAGGAUUUGGAGUCCUCCGUGAACAACAAAGAUUCUAGUGUUGGUACUCAAACUUUAGAUGUAAAUACAGUUGAGGGUGAACCAAAUCAUUCUGAUAAUCCACUUUGUUUAAUACACAUGGAAGAAGCUUUGGAAGAUGAGAGUGCAGUUGAAGGCCUUGCGACUGAGACAAGUACUUUAGAGAAAUCCUCGAACACUGUAUCUGAUGGUAUUUCUAACCUGCAGAAAACAGAAAGUGGAAGUGAAGAUGCACGUUUUAGAGAUUUAUCCCAGGGAAAUGCAAAAAUUGACACAUUAUUAGAUCCUGGGUCGGGUGAUCAUUCUGCACCAAAUACAAGCAUCGUUCCAAAGAUUCCAAUAAAGGAUGAUUCCGGUUCUGAGGGGAAAGAUGCAUAUUUUAGAGAUUUAUCCCUAGGAAAUGAAAAUAAAGAUAAUUUAUUGAUCAAAGGUCUUCUGACGGAUGAUCAGUCUGCACUAAAUACAAGUGACAUACCAAAGAUUGUCAUAAAAGAUGAUUCUAGUUCUGAGGCGCAUAAAGUUGAAGUCAGUAAUUCUGAUUGUGGAACUUUUCCGAAUUAUCAGCUUGAUACGGUUAUGAUUGAGAAGACAUUUGGUGAGAGCAGUGUUUCUAAGAAAAAGGAGUUGGUAAACAUUGGUAACCAGAUGGAUUCAGAGGAUUUGUUAUGCAAGUCAGAGACAUCUAUGUUUGACGUGGUUGACAAAAACACUUCUGUUGUUAGUGAAGGAAAUACUGAUAACAGAGCAAGUUUUUCCAGUUUCAAUACAGUGGUUUCUGCAAAGUCUUGCAUUUUGGUCGAGACAACUCAAGUAUGUGAAAAUAACAAAUCUGACAAGCUAGGUGACCAUAAAACUGUCCUUGACCAAGGGAGUGAAAAGGCUCCUUUUGAUUCGAGCACAAUUCAUUGUGAUGUUGAUCAAUCCCAUCUUUCUGACAAGGGAAUUUGUUCACCAUCUCUUGGUGCAGGUAGCAUGGAAACCCCCACUGUAUCAGUUGAUGUCAUGCCGGUCAGUAUUUCAGUUACAGGUCACCAUGAGCUUAAAAGGAUGAAGUGUGUUGGGUCUGCUUCUGUUGAUGAAAAGGAAGACUUCGAAGCCAAAAUAGUUGAGGAAGCAGGUAGUUCUCUUCCUGGUGGGUCUUCUGAACUGGAAGUUGAUCCUUGUCCUGUUGCUGGAACUGAAAAUAAAAAUAAUUCCGACAAUACUAGACAAAUAUCAUGCGAGACAAACAACAGUUGUCUGGAUAAUCUGGAUACUACUGCUACUGAAAAGAUCGGUGAACCUCAAGAAACACAAACCGGUAAGGUUGAUCACGAGUGCACAAAAGAGGCUAAUGUGGCUGCCGUUCUAUGUGAAUCAAUAGAGAAACAGGAGAAUGAAGUUAAUGCUACUGCUAAUCUGAACCCUCCAGUUUUUGAGCUCAUGAAUAAGGAUGCAACAAACACAUCAUCUUCUGAUCACGAUCACAAGGGGAAUGAUGUAUCUAAAGACAUGGAUGCAACAAACACACCAUCUUCUGAUCACGAUCACAAGGGGAAUGAUGUAUCUAAAGAUGCACGAAGCUUAGCUCCUGAGGUAGAUCUAGUGGCAAAUUUGUCUCAAAAAGAUGUUACAGAUUUGACCCAAAUUGGAGCGAAUGCUGGUGAGAGGGGCCCCUUUCCUGUUAUUGCAGCCAACAAAGAAUCAGUGGCUGUGGCAGAAUCUCUACUGGCUUCUGAAUUAGGUACUCCCAAACCCAAUGUAGCUGGACAUGUACGUCACGGAAGUCCACAAGUACCUGAUGGUGGUUUAGCACGAAGUGUUUCUAAAGGUACACCUGAGCGCAAAACCAGGCGAGCACCUAAUAAGACCGCCGGAAAGGAAUCACCUAGAAAAGCAAGUAAAGGAAAAACUCCGGCAAGACGAUCAGAAAAAGGGGGUAGAUCAACUAGUGCAUCUCUGAGCCCAUCAUCCGGUUUCCAGUUGAUGCAAUCCAAAGAGGCACACCAUUAUUAUGGGAAAAUUGAUUCCAUCAGUACAAAGCCAUUUCCAGAUUUGAACACUUCUACUUCGCCGUCUGUUCGGUUUCAACAGCCUUUUAUGGAUGUUCAGCAAAUACAACUGCGUGCACAGAUAUUUGUCUAUGGAGCUUUGAUUCAAGGAAUAGUACCUGAGGAGGCUCAUAUGCUAUCGGCUUUUGGUGGUCCAGAUGGUGGACGGAACUUUUGGGAGAAAAGCUGGUCUUCCUACUUGGAAAGGCAGCGAGGUCAUAAAUCUCAUCCAAUCAAUCCAGAAACACCACUGCAAGCACGAUCUGGUACUAGAACCCCUGAUUUGGCAGUUAAGCCAAGUGAACGGCAAGGAAAAGGCAUCCCUUCACCUCUUGGCCUAGCCAGUAGCAAGGGUACUCCAACCAUUGUAAACCCUUUUAUUCCCCUGUCAUCUCCCCUUUGGAGUCUACCAACUCCCUCAUGUGAUUCCCUGCAAUCUAGUGCCCAUGCAAGAGGUCCAGCUUUGGAGUAUUCACAAGCACUUGCUUCAUUGCAUCCUAAUCAAACUCCACCACUGAGAAACUUUCUUGGGCAUAAUACAUCUCGGAUGUCCCAAGCCCCCCUUUCUGGACCAUGGAUCGCUUCUUCUACUACUGCCCUCGAUAACAGUUCCUAUAUUUCUGCAUCACCUGUUGCAGAUACAAUCAAAGGAACUUCUCUACCUUCUUCCUCUAGUACAAAGAAUGUCCCACCUGGUCUGCCAGCUUCCAGUGUAGGUUUACAAAGUGUAUUUCUGCCAACUACUCCUCUGUUUAAUACAAACAAUCUGACGGUUUCACAUGCUCAACAUUCUUCUGAUCCUAAGUCCAAGAAAAGGAAAAAGGUUACAACAGAGUUGGAGGAUCUUGGCCAGAAGGCUAUGUAUUUGCAGUCCCACCUGGUAUCAACUCCUGUUGUCAGCAGUCAUAUACCUACUCCCAUCGCCACUGCAACCCCUGUUAUGAAUGUGCCAGUAACUACUGUUGAAAAAUCAGUUGAGUCUGCAUCUCCUCUAUCUCUGAGUGGCUGGAUUGUUCAGAAUAGUCUUAUGUCAGACGAGUCUCUUACAAAAAUUGAGGAGGCAAGGAUAAACGCAGAGGAAGCUUCUGCUCUUUCUGCCGCUGCAGUGAAUCAUAGCAUGGAGAUAUGGAAACAGUUGGAUAAGCAAAAGAAUUCUGGAUUGGCGUCAGAUGUUGAGGCCAAAUUAGCUACUGCAGCAGUUGCAGUUGCAGCAGCUGCUGCUGUUGCAAAGGCAGCAGCUGCAGCUGCCAGUGUUGCGUCAAAUGCUGCACUGCAAGCAAAACUGAUGGCUGAUGAAGCAUUAAUGAUUUCUGGUCACGCGAGUUCUUGCCAAAUUUAUCUUUCUGAGGGUAUGAGUAACAUGGGAAAAGCUACCCCUUUUUCCAUCUUGAAGGGUGCAACUGGAACCAAUAGCUCUAGUUCUAUUAUUGGUGCUGCAAAGGAGGCUUCAAGAAGGAGAGUUGAAGCUGCUUCAUUUGCCAGAAAACGAGCUGAAAAUAUGGAUGCUAUUGUGAAGGCUGCUGAGCUGGCAGCAGAAGCUGUUUCACAGGCUGGAAAGAUUGUUACUAUGGGCGAUCCUUUGCCAUUAAGCGACUUGGUAGAAGCUGGUCCAGAGGGUUGUUGGAAAACUUUCCAAGAGUCUUCUCAGCAAGUAGGGUUAUUGAAAGGCAUGAGCAGAGGUCCAAUGAAUGUUGACAAUGUUGGAGACAGACCGGAGAUCUCUCAAAUCUCUAACAGAGAUAUCUCAUCUGAUGAAACGAGGAAGCAGAUUGCUGCAAGCGAGGAGUCACCCUUUCACAAGGCUCAUAAUGAGAUGUCACUGGACCAUAUGAGAUCAAUUGAUGACAUUUCGUCUAUUAUCAGCAUAAAUGAAAAUAGUUCAAAUGGAUCAAGGGGCCGCAAGGUUUCCAAUUUAGUCAAUCCCAUCGACGUGCUUCCUGAAUCUGGGACUGAAAUACAGGCUUCUUUAACUGAUGGUAAUGGAUCUGAAAAUCUGGAGGAUAACAACAUCAAAGAGGGCUCACAUGUAGAGGUUUUUAAAGAUGGACAGGGAUUUAAUGCAGCAUGGUUCACAGCCAAUAUAUUAAGUUUGAAGGAUGGUAAAGCAUAUGUAUGCUACAACACACUUGUAGCUGAAGAAGGGCCUUUAAAGGAAUGGGUUUCACUUGAAGGCGAGGGAGGCAAACCCCCAAGAAUACGUGCUGCUCGUUCUCUUACCGGUUUUUAUAAUGAAGGGACAAGGAAGAGACAACGAGCAGCUACGGUAGAUUAUUGGUCCGUUGGGGAUAGAGUUGAUGCAUGGAUACAAGAGAGUUGGCAGGAAGGUAUUAUUACAGAUAAGAAGAAAGAUAAAACAUUUGCUGUUCACUUCCCAGCAAGUGGAGAAACCUCAGUUGUUGGAGCUUGGCAUCUCCGUCCAUCCCUUAUUUGGAAUGAUGGGAAAUGGGUCGAGUCUCCUGAGGUGGGAGCAAACAACAGUCUCACCAAUGAGGGAGAUACACCACGGGAAAAACGACCUAAAUUAGGUAGUCAUGCACGAGAAUUAGUAAAAGGAAAAGAUAAGGCUCCAAAAGUCACUGAUGCUGCAGAAUUAGCUAACACCAAUGAACCGAGGUUUUUUAAUUUGACUGAAGAUGAUAAAGUGUUCAAUGUCGGGAAGAACAACAAGAAUGAAAAGAAACCAGACAGUCACAGAUUGGCGAGGUCUGGUCUUCAAAAAGAAGGACCAAGAGUGAUUUUUGGAGUUCCUAAACCGGGGAAGACAAAGAAAUUUAUGGAUGUCAGCAAGCAUUAUGUUGCAGAUGGGACAAGUAGGAUUAAUGAUGGAAAUGAUUCAGUUAGGAAUGCAAAUUCUUUUAUACCUCAUGCUUCAGGAUCACGUGGAUGGAACAGCAGUUCAAUAAAAGAUACUAAAGAAAAACCAGGAGCUGACUUCAAGCCCACUUCUAAGUCGGGAAGACCACAGAACGUUUUGGGUAGAGUGAUUUCAUCAAAACAAAAACCUUUGUCAAACUCUAAUGCCAAUGAUUUGACAAGUCGUACAGAAAGAAUCAAGGAUACUUCAAAUCAUUUCAACAAUGCAUCUCAGCGUGAAAAUCCGAUGGAAAGGGCAUCAAAUUCUGAAUCCACGGGAGCAGGACCAACCUCGUAUUCCUCACGUGCAUCUUCAACUGAUUCUCAUCCCACUAAAAAGCCACCCACAUCAAGAGUAAAUAAAGGAAAAUUUGCACCUGGUGGUGGAAGGUCGGGUAAGGUUGAGGUGGAAAAGGCUUUGAAUGUAAAUAAGGUGAAAUCAACAUCUGAAGAAGUCCUCGAGCCUCGGAGAUCCAAUCGCAAGAUCCAGCCAACAUCAAGACUAUUGGAAGGAAUACAGAGCUCUUUAAUUAUCACAAAGACUCAUUCGGGUCCACAUGAAAAAGGUCACAAAAACCAGAAUCGUAGUACUUCUAGGGGUAAUAACCAUGGUUGAAUGAAGAAUUUGCAAUGGCCACCUUUCAGUUGAAAGACCAACUGCGAUUGGAUGACUCGCAUACUCUGCAUAAAUUUGUAUAUUAUAUGAUAGGGAACAUAGCAAUGGGAAUUCUUGCUUUUUUGGGUUUAGACAGACUAGUUAGUAGCUGUUAAUAUGAUAUCAUUUUCCUGUCUCAUCUUAUGGCACUGUAGGCUGUAUGUGGAAUUUAUCCAUGUUGACUUGUUUAUAGAGAUUUGCUGAUAUAUCAAAAUGGUAACAUAAUACUUCUCUCUAUUCGUAAA